AUGAAACUUUAAAGGAAUCAACUAUUUUACGAUAGUGCAAUAUUGGUGCACAAUAUUAAUCCAAUAUGAGCUUAAGAUUGUGUUUAAGACCGAUGAGUUGUUUCAUGAUAAGAUAAAAAUCUCCAAUCAAUCGAAUCACAUUUUCACCUGCUCGAAGAUAAGUUUCAAUUGCUAGUGCUAUUAAUUACUGUUGUUUAAAUUUAUCACCAAAUUUGUGUCUAUAGUAAUAACAUUUCCUUUCUGUAUACUGUCAUGCCGGUAACGCCCUAUAAAUUGUAAGAAUUAGUCAUUUCACGGAAUGUGUGAUAUAAAUAUAAUUUGAAUAUAGAAAGUGAAGAGUUGCGAAACAUAUACGACUCUUAUUUGAUAAAAUGGAUAGCAAAGGAAGAAAGAUUAUUGUCUGUGAUAAUGGAACGGGGUUCGUCAAAUGCGGAUAUGCGGGAGCAAAUUUUCCUGCCCAUAUAUUUCCUUCGAUAGUUGGACGUCCAAUCAUAAGGGCUGUUAAUAAGAUAGGAGACAUCGACGUGAAGCAAGAAUAUUGUGUUCGUGAUGUGCUUAACAUGCCUGACUUAAUGGUUGGAGAUGAAGCAAGUAAACUUCGUUCUAUGUUAGAAAUUAGUUAUCCCAUGCAAAAUGGAAUUGUUAGAAAUUGGGAGGAUAUGUGUCACGUUUGGGAUUAUACAUUUGGAAAAGAAAAAAUGAACAUUAAUCCUAGAGAAUGUAAAAUUUUGCUGACUGAGCCACCAAUGAAUCCUAUCACGAAUAGAGAGAAAAUGAUCGAGGUGAUGUUUGAAAAAUAUGGAUUUGCUGGAACAUAUAUUGCGAUACAAGCUGUACUUACAUUGUAUGCUCAAGGAUUGAUUAGUGGUGUUGUAGUAGACUCUGGUGAUGGAGUUACACAUAUUUGUCCAGUAUUUGAAGAAUAUGCUUUGCCUCAUUUAACACGCCGAUUAGAUAUUGCCGGUCGUGACAUUACUAUGUAUUUAAUAAAAUUACUUUUAUUACGUGGAUAUGCCUUCAACCAUUCUGCUGAUUUUGAAACAGUAAGGAUGUUAAAAGAGAAAUUAUGUUAUAUUGGAUAUAAUAUUGAAACUGAAGAAAAAUUAGCUCGCGAAACGACUGUUUUAGUAGAAUCAUAUACACUUCCAGAUGGUCGAGUAAUAAAAGUAGGUGGUGAAAGAUUUUCAGCACCAGAAGCAUUAUUUCAACCACGUUUAAUAAAUGUUGAAGCUCUGGGAAUUGCAGAGCUAGUAUUUAGUACAAUUCAAGCAGCUGAUAUUGAUAUCAGAAGUGAACUGUAUAAGCAUAUCGUUCUUAGCGGUGGCAGUACAAUGUAUCCAGGGCUUCCGUCUAGACUCGAACGAGAGAUCAAGCAACUUUAUUUACAGAAAGUUUUAAAAAAUGAUACAUCCAAACUUAAUAAAUUCAAAAUCAAAAUUGAAGAUUCACCACGACGCAAAGAUAUGGUUUUUAUGGGUGGUGCUGUAUUAGCAGAAAUAACAAAGGAUCGAGAUUCUGUAUGGAUAACGAAAGAAGAAUAUGAAGAGAAAGGUCUUAGUGUAUUAAAAAAAUUAGGAUCCUAUGAAUCUUAAGGAUAUGUUAUGUUAGUACAAGGUGCAACAUGAAACAAAGUAAAUUUUUUUAGACUAAAAGUGAUGCAAAUGCCAUUGAAAAAUAGUCAAGUUGUUUUACAGACUACAAAUUACUUGAACGAUAUAAAACAGACAGAGUGCUUGAGUUUGCUGUAAGGGCUAUGUCAUGCCAAAUAGAAUAUUUAUUUUGGUUAUGCAGAUUAGUGCAAUUAAUAGAGCUAUAUAAUCAACUGUAAGAUCUUCAUAUGGAUGCGAAGAAUAAAUGAAUUUUUAUUUUAAGUACAUGCGAUAAUUAUCAGAGGAUCAUUAAAAUAUAGAAAUUUUUUACUUGGAACACACAAAAUGGUUAUUUUAUACUGUAUAAAAAUUUUAAUAAUCCGUAUCUCUGGAGCUCUUAUUUAUAUGCAUUCCAGAAAACGAAUUUUGUAAAUAUAGCUUUUAUAAAUAUCAUUUUUUGUUUAGUAAAGUUUUACAUUUAUUGUUGAAGCCAUAGCUUCUCUGCCAAAAUAAUAAGUAAGAAAAGAGAACAGUUUUCUAUAGAUCUAACUUCAGUAAAAUGAACUUGAUAAAAUCAGUGCAAUGGCUGAAAUUGUUAUUGAUAAAGAAACACAUAGGCAUUGAUUUAAUUUAUCUUUAUAAGGUUCACAGUGGAAAGCAUUUUUUUUAUAACACAGGUAUUUAUGUGUUUCAACAUGCAUCAUAGUAAUUUAUUCAUAGGUUGAAAACAAACAUAGAUAAAUCAAUUAAUUUAGGGAUUUAUAUUGUAUAAUAUAAAAAAUAUAAAACUAUAAUUAAGCAAUAGUUGAUAUAAAAUCAUGCAUUUAAUAAUUUAAUUAUUCUAAGAUAUUAAAUAUUUUAUAAAAAAUAUAGGAGAAGAGAGGAGAGAGAGUUUUUUAUGUUUUCUCUUAAAUUUUUUCACAUCUUAUAAAAAACAAACAACACCCGUAUCACUCAAAGCAAAUUGUCAAGCAAUUUGUUUGUUUGAUUAUCAAAGCAAAUUGUCAUUGUUCUUGUAAAAAGUAGAUUUAUAAAAAUGACAUGUCAGUGUUUAUUUUUUUUAUUGUUAUUUAAAUAAAUAACUCUUAGAAAUAAAUGUAUUUCCUACAAAGUCUUCCAUAAUAAUUUUGAAACCCUAGAAAUUAAUUGAAGAUGUGUGCAAUUUAUGCAGAUAUUUUUUUCUAUCUAAUAUAUAUAUAUAUAUAUAUAUAUCAUAUAUAUAUGAUAGUUGAAAUGAAAUACAUACAAGGAAAAUGAUUUUUAACUUCUUUAUACAUAGCUUUUAAUACAAUGGCAACAUAAAAUAAUACCAAAUUAAGAUUAGUCUACAACAGUCUUUAUUAUGUUACGCCAUAUAUGGGACCUUUAUAUUGUGUAUCUAUGUACACCUUUAUGUAUAAAUAAAAAUAACAAUUUAAUUUGUAUUAUACAAUUUUGCAUUCAUAUGGGUACGACAUAACAGUAGAUAAACGUAUAUGUAUUUAAUUUUGUUUAAAUUUGUACAACUUGACUUCAAUAUCAUUCUGUAUAACAAUGAAACAACAAGCAAUUAUGCUAUUGUGUGAAGACAUAAAGUUUAGUUUUGAAUGGUGUAUUAUACUAUAUACUGCGCGUUAUACAGUAGAUUUUUUAAAUGUAUACAUUUCUGUACACCUCUGGAAAUUAUUGAUGAGAUAAUAUGAUAGUUUCAUUUUUUUUUUCUUUCUUUUUUUUUCUUCUUAAGCUGUAUAUAGAUACAUUAUAUUAAGCAAAUAAAAAAAAUAGUAUACAAAACACUUUAUAAUAAUCCAAAAGUGCUUCACAAAUAUCUGCAAUUACAACAUUCGCAGAUUUGAUACAAUACCUUACCAAGACACUUGAAUGAAGUGUAAAGAUGGAGUUUUAUAGAAAAUUUUAAAUCCUAUAAAUCACAUUCAGAAUGUAAUUGGCUUAUUUUUGCAUUGUUCAAUACAAAAAUUGGUGAAACGUUUAAGGAACUUUGGAUACUCCCUCUUAUAAACUGCACGUAAGACAGAUGCUGGUGCCCAUCCACCAGGAUUUACUAGAAUUUAUAUUUGGUUAUAGUUAAUAGUUAAUUUGUUCAUCUAAAUACGUAUCGUAAUAUGAAAGAUAGCAUACCGACAGAACAGUAUGUUAUUUUGCAAGUUAUAUUAUCUCGUUUUAUUUCUUCUUCAUCUUUUGGAGGAUCAAUAAAUGUUUGACAUACAAGA